AUGCUCUCCGGGCCUGUGCGUGUGCAGCCAGAAACCAAGUAUGUUGCCGAAGUCGUGGUUCUGGUUACCACGCUCGGCGCGAAGCGUGUGGAGUACAACGCAGGGAAGCGGGCACGGGACCUUCUUGAAAUCAAGGGCGUCCACCACAAAGUCAUCGACUUCAACCGGGAUGCGAGACAAGCGGGUACUGGAGACGCCGAGAACAAGGCCAUCCAAAAGUUGAUGGAAGACCGGAGACUUCAGACAGGUGGCAACAAUGACUUGCUCCUUCCACAGGUGUUUAUCGAUGGCAACUAUGUCGGCAAUGCUUCUGAUCUGCAGGGUCUGGAGGAUGAUGGGUUGCUGGAGAAUAUCCUUCUUCGCAAGGCUUGCAUGCAGUGCGGCUAUUCGAGACGGGAUCCCGGCAUGACUCAGUGUCCGGCCUGCGGGGCAAGUUAUCAGGAGAUCUUGCCGGGAGAGAUGACCAUCAGCCAAGCCCUCCAGGAGCUGGCGCAGCACGAGGAUGACUUCGACGACGAGGAUUCGCAGAAGUUGAGACUGCCCCCCUCCGUCAGUUGCAGUCCCAAGACUCAAUACAUGUUGCCCUGCGCGCGGAUGAGCUGUUGCUGUCCUCGCAUGCUGCACAUGCAGUCCACUUGUGUCCAGUCUGGAUCAGUCUGGCAAGAUGUUGUGAUCGAACUUGCGCAGUACUACGAAGACGGCGAGGAGGAGUUCCCGGAGGCAGAAGCUCCCACUGUGGCUAGUCCGUCCAGCGUGCAGCUUCCUCCCAGCGGGCAGGAGGAUGUAGUGACCCAAACGGUCACCAAAUCGCUCACCGAGUUUCCGGAAGAGCGACGUUCGGCCCUUGGCCUUCGACCGGGACGGAGGCCGCUGCUCCAGAAAAGUCAGGUCCCUCGCAAGCGGCUCAGCAGUCGCUGGAUCCUGCCGCUUCGAUUGAAGUUGGCAAUGUCCGUCGGUUCUGUGGCGCUAGAGACGGCCAAGUUCGCUUUGGGGGAGCAGGUACAAUAUUGGAGCGAUUCCAAGAACCGCUGGAUGGAUGCCAUUGUGGAGGGCAUACGGCUCAAGGAGGGCAAUGUGGUUUACGACUUGUUCUCACUUCUUCAAGUGUUACACAUGGCUACCAACCCGCCCUUCAGUGACUCUUACUCAGAGCCACCUGCCAGACAUUGA